GCUGUACAAUCCUUGGCAGUGUUCUGAGACUGUACAGCUGCCAACUGCUUCUGAAGGACAACUUGUUCAUUUUCUCAAUUUGACUUUCAACAUGUUUCACUGUGUGCGUCUUAUGUUGCUUUAAAAUUGUUGAGAAAGUGGACUGGAGUCGGGACUUUUGGGGAAAUUCCAUUUGUUACUAAACUUUGCAAAAGAAAACAUGACUGCCGAUAAGGACAAGAAAAGGAACAGUUCGGAGCGGCGUAAGGAGAGGUCUCGUGAUGCGGCACGCUGUCGUCGUAGUAAGGAGACGGAGGUGUUUUACGAGCUGGCCAAUCAGCUGCCCCUCCCAGACAGCGUCAGCUCCCACCUGGACAAAGCCUCCAUCAUGAGACUGGCCAUCAGCUUCCUGCGCACCCGCAAGGUCAUCGGUUCAGCCUGCCCCAACAGUGCAGAGUCAGAGGAGGACAGACAGAUGGACUGUAUGUAUUUGAAGUCACUGGAGGGGUUCGUCACUGUGGUUACAUCGGAUGGCGACAUGAUCUUCCUCUCAGAAAACGUCAACAAGUUAAUGGGCUUAACACAGGUGGAGUUGAACGGACAAAGCAUCUUUGACUUCACCCACCCCUGCGACCACGACGAGAUUCGCGAGAACCUCAGUCUGAAAACCGGCACUGGGACAAAGGGGAAAGCCUUCAGCACUGAGAGAGACUUCUUCAUGCGGAUGAAGUGCACAGUGACAAACCGAGGACGCACUGUCAACCUGAAAUCAGCCAGCUGGAAGGUUCUGCACUGCACGGGCCACCUCAAGGUGUACAACAGCUGCGCCCCUCAUGGGCUGUGUGGGUUCAAGGAGCCUCCUCUCACCUGCCUGCUGAUGAUGUGUGAGCCCAUCCCCCACCCCUCCAACAUUGACACACCCCUGGACAGCAAGACCUUCCUGAGCCGCCACAGCAUGGACAUGAAGUUCACCUACUGUGACAACAGUGUGCAGUAAAGGCCAGGCAGUGAGUGGACAGUAUCGUAUGCUGGCCAAACAUGGAGGCUACGUGUGGGUGGAGACUCAGGGCACAGUCAUCUACAACAGCCGGAAUUCCCAGCCGCAGUGCAUUGUCUGUGUCAACUAUGUCCUCAGUGACGUGGAGAACAAGUCCAUGAUCUUCUCCAUGGACCAGACUGAGUCCCUGUUCAAGCCACACAACAUGAAGAGCUUCUUCAGCCAGAGUGGUGCUGCGGUGGCCGCAGAGCCCAGGGAGAUCCUGUUCACCAAACUGAAAGAGGAGCCAGAGGACCUUGCUCAACUGGCCCCCACACCUGGAGAUGCCAUCAUCACCCUUGACUUUGGAAGGCCACCAUUUGAGGAGCCUCAUCCUCCUCUACACCCCAAGAUGUCUCCCAUGCCCCCCCCGGCCCCUCAGGGCUUGGGUAGUGAUCCCCACAAACCCUGCCCAGCAGGAGACAUGUCCAAACAAAUGGCUGCCACUUUCUCAGUACCCCAGAACCCCACACCGGGCAGCGCCACCCCCAGCACUGCCCCCCCUAGCCUGAGCAGUUAUUCCACGCCCAGCAGCCCAGGGGAUUACUGCAAUGAGAGAGAGAGUGACCUGAAGGUAGAGCUGACUGAGAAGCUCUUUGCUCUCGACACAGAGGGGCCCAAGAGCCCUGGGAGCACCCAGUCGGCCCUGAGUGAUCUGGACCUGGAGACCCUGGCGCCCUACAUCCCCAUGGACGGAGAGGACUUCCAGCUCCAUCCCAUCAUUCCUGAGGAGGUGCCUGGAGGCCCAGAGGGGGCCACUGGCCCAAUGGGCCACCUCACCACACAGAAUAGCUUCAGCAACAUCGCCAGCCUCUUCCAAAACCUGAGAUCCCCACAGUCUGACCACUACCAGCCCGCCAAGUGGGCCCCAGGAGACAAGAGAGGCCCCAACCACAGCCAAAUGAGCCCCAUGGACUCCAGGCCUACUCUGCCAUACACAGGCCCCACACAGAUCCCCCCCUACCACGCCCCAGCCAGCACACGUCUGUCCUCCAUGGGUGGACAUCAGAACCUGCAAUGGCCCCCAGAUCCUCCGUUAAACUGUCUACUACAGGUGAACUCCAUGGGCAGAAGCCACUCAUGUCAGAACAUGCCAGUCAACAUGAUGCACAAGCAGAGGUCAAUGGAGAACUUUGUCCAGGCCUACAGAGACAUGAGUCCCACCAGAAUCGCCAUAGCCAACAACGUCAAGCGCUCCUUCACACAAAUGGCAGUGGGUGACUCCACCCUCAGUACGCCUUCAAAGAUGAUGAGGAAAGAAAGCUAUGCCAUCAUGGACAGAUCUCUCAGCACCAGCUCACUGGAAGUUAAAGGUAUGUGCAUACCUGGGGGUGUUGACAAGUGUCUCAGUCCCCUUCAGCAGCACAGGAAGUCCCAGUAUCCAGGAUGUGUAAAUGGUACAUCCAGAAAAUCCUUCCCCAAACAGUGUUGCAACUACAAAGAAUACCGUAUGCUGCCCUCCUCCAAAACAGAGGGGGUUGCCAGUCGGCUGUUGGGCCCAUCCAUUGAGACCUAUUGUCUGCCAGAGCUCACCCGCUACGACUGUGAGGUCAACGUCCCUCUCCAAGGCAACCUGCACCUGCUGCAGGGCAGUGACCUGCUGAGGGCCCUGGACCAGGCCACCUAGACCCAGCCCUACACCCCCUACUCCCCUACCGUACCCUGGACCAGGCCACCUAGACCCAGCCCUACACCCCCUUACC